GACAAAAAACACCCCAGCCUUUGUUUAUUUCGUCUUUGACUUUUCAUGUAUUAAAUAGAAAAUGAAGUAACACGGGCAUGAACUGUCGUAAUUGUUGAGGUUUAUUUCUCUGCUGCUUGUGUUUACGCGGAUAAAAAUGGACCGUUAGAGAACAAAAGCUGAAGCAGCCAAUGAGCAAACGGCUUGUUUCGGUGUCUGGUGGGGCGUUACAGAUAUCCAGGAAAUUAUUAUUCCUUCGUUUAUUUCUCACAUUUCUUAUUCAAGCUGGGGGUACGCGGUCCCUUGUAAACGUGUCCCGCAACUCUUAGGAGGGAUUCCUUGUAGACCUGCAGACACAUUAAUGACGAAAAAGCCUAGCACUAUGCUCCGUCCCAGACGUGGCAGGCAGGCCAGUGCCAGUGGUGACGGUGUACCUCCAUCCAACAUCCCAACAAACUCUGAAACGUUACAGGAGUCAGCCCCACAAAUGAGACAUCUGAUCAUGUCACAGCACAGUAACAACCUCCUCAAUUUCUUGAAUGAGGACCGGAGCCGGCAGAAGUUCUGCGAUGUGUUUGUGUCUGUAGGUGGGAAGACCUACAGUGCCCACAAGGUGGUUUUGGCCCAUGGGAGCAGCUAUUUCCAUGCUGAGCUGUCCAAGAAUCCUUCUGCUAAAACUCAUGUGACUCUGGAGCACGUGGAGGACUCUGUUUUCCAGCACCUGCUCAGCUUCUUGUACACCGCUGAGUGUGUUGUUGCAGAGACAGCACUCCCAGCUCUAACUGAAGCGGCCCGAUUCCUGGACAUGAUGGAUAUAUUAAAGCUGUUAUGUAAAGACGGUGAAGUACAACCUGUAAGUGUAAUACAAACCCAGGUUGAGACAAUAGCUUCUCAUAAAGUGGAAACUACCUCCAACAACUCGCCAGGAGCUGAUACAGAGAUCCACAGUCCAGCUGAUGUUCAAGGAAACCUGUUCGGUCAUGAUAACUCCAAUCAGGGUCAAUUGGCUGAGAGUGUACACACUGAUGUACAUCAGGAGGCCUCAAAUGAGGAAGAAAAGACGACAGGUCAGGGAAGUGCUACCACACGGAGAUCAGCUCGUAGGAGGAGAACACCUACUAAGUAUAAAAGAAAUGAUGGUGAGUACUGUAGCAGUGCUCCCAAGGAAAAACAAAACACUGCAUCAUCAAGGCAGCACAACAAAAACAGACUGGAAGGAAAAGGGGAAGUGAAUGUGACAGCCAAGCUGGAUGUGAACAAGGCAUCUAAACCAGUUCAGGGUGACGAUGUAAUGGAUAUGGAAGAGGAGGAGGAAGAGAGAGGAGACGCAAAUGCCGCUAUUAUUGCUGAGACAGCUGAUGAGGCAGAGAGCCGUGCAGAUCUGCAGAAUUCAGAUCUACAGAGGACAGAGCAGCAGGCUGCUGACAGGGUGGAGAUGCAUGUUGGAGCAGCAGCAGGAAGCUCUAACCAGAGUCCAGUGUAUCCUGAAGGUCUGGCUCCAGUCAUCAUACAGAACUCCAGCAAGAAGAUCCUCAAGUGCCCCAAAUGUGAAAAGACGUUUGACCGUGCAGGGAAAUAUGAGAGCCACACUCGAGUGCACACAGGCGAGAAACCUUUCCAGUGUGACAUCUGUCUGCAGCGUUACUCCACCAAGUCUAACCUGACUGUACACAAGAAGAAGCACGCCAGCGACGUCCCGUUCCAGAAAAAGGAGCACAAAUGUCCCUUCUGCAACAAACUCCAUGCCAGCAAGAAAACCCUGGCCAAGCACGUCAGAAGAUCUGUUUCAAGACCUUCACUCGCAAACCUCAUCUGGAGGAGCACAUGAUCCUGCACAGCCAAGACCGGCCUUUUAAAUGCUCCUUCUGUGAUGAAUACUUCAAAUCCAGGUUUGCCAGGCUGAAACACCAAGAGAAGUUCCACUUAGGUCCUUUCCCCUGUGAGAUCUGUGGUCGUCAGUUUAAUGACACCGGCAACAGGAAGAGGCACAUCGAGUGCACACAUGGAGGCAAAAGAAAGUGGACCUGCUUGGUUUGUGGGAAAUCAGUAAGAGAAAGGACAACCCUAAAGGAGCAUUUGAGGAUCCACAGUGGAGAGAAACCUCACCUCUGUAGUAUUUGUGGCCAAAGUUUCCGUCACGGCAGCUCCUACAGGCUUCAUCUCAGAGUCCACCAUGAUGACAAGCGGUAUGAGUGUGAUGUUUGUGGGAAAACCUUCAUACGCCACGAUCACCUGACCAAACAUCAGAAAAUACACUCUGGUGAGAAAGCACACCAGUGUGAGGAGUGUGGCAAGUGCUUCAGACGCCAUGAUCACCUGACAGUCCACUACAGAAGUGUUCAUCUGGGAGAGAAAGUCUGGCAGAAGUAUAAAACUGCUGUGCAUCAGUGUGAGGUCUGCAAGAAAGAAUUUAAAGGAAAGUCAAGUCUAGAAAUGCACUUCAGGACUCAUUCAGGUGAGAAACCGCACAGAUGUCCCGAGUGCCAUCAGACAUUUCGGAUCAAGAAGACUUUGACGAAGCACAUGGUGAUUCACUCAGACGUCCGUCCCUUUAACUGUCCCCACUGCAGCGCCGCUUUUAAAAGAAAAGACAAGCUCAAGUACCACGUCGACCACGUGCACAGCACGCGCUUUGCCGAGCAGCCCCUCAGCUCGAUCGGUGAAGAAAAAAUAGUGUCGGUUACUUUUGAGGAAAGCUCAAAGACGUACCAUGCCGAGCCCAAGUCGAGCCACCAAACCAGCCCCGCUCCUACAAACGUGUGCGUUCCCGUCACUUUAGUUCCCAUCCAGAUGGCUGGAGGAGCGCAGGGCGACUUGACCGUUCACAGGCCUCCACCUCACUCCUCACAGACUCACACAGUCAUUAGCUUGCAGACUCAAGGACAGCAGCAAAACUCUAGCUACCAGGCUACGGACAUGGCCUUCUUAGAGAAGUACACCCUCACACCUCAACCGGGCAACAUCGUCCACCCCGUGAGGGCGGAUCAGAUGCUGGACCACCGAGAGCAGUCCUACCUGGGAACGCUGCUUGGACUCGAUUCAUCUUCCUCUGUGCAGAACUUGGCCACCUCUGAUCAUGCCCACUGACGCUCCUUGGCAAAAAACUGGAGCUUAAAGGCACAGCGCAACAAACUUGGCACAGAAAUCAUGUAGGGAGAACCAAAGACGUAGUCACCUCUGCAGUGUGUUUGUAUUUUAACAUGGCGGUGACUCGCAGUCAGACUCACGUGCCAUCUAAACUUAGGACAAAAAAAAUAAAUCCAACCAGAUUUUGAUGGAUUUGUGUGACAUGUUUAAGAUAAAAACCUGUAAAUUUAAUUUAAACUUAAAAAAAGACAUUCUGGUAAUAAUGAAACAUUUUUAAACAUUACUUUAGCAAGUCCAAGUCUAGGCAGGAUUUUUUGCUGUUACUGACGUGUUUACCGUUUCAUAUCAGAGUUUUUGUUAGCACGGUCACUGUCAUUUUUAACGGAUUCAUUUUAAAAUGAAUGAUGAGAUUUUUGAUAGACAAAUCAUGCAAUUAUUUUUAGUACAAACAGUUUGCCGGUUCUAACUUCUAAUAAUUAACGCUGGUUCACCAAAUACAUAAUAAACUUCUAAUAAAAAUAAUAAUCGCUGGUGGUUAGAGGAAUUCUAAACUGUGACUGCAGUAUACAUGUGUGCAAUUUGUCAAAAACAAGCACAAUGAUUUCUUUUUAAAAACUUGAUGUAGUUUUAUGAUUUAGAGUAAUGUAGGUGAAAGGGAGAGCUUUCAGCCACUUGUGAGCUUGAACAGCUGUAGGUGUGAAUAACCUUUGUUGUUUAGCUUUAGUUACACAUCUGGUUUUAAGUUGAGAUGUUUCAUGAACAAAUCUCAAGCUUGUUAAAUAAAGUAAAACAAGUGUACAAUGAA